UUUUUUUUUUAAAUAAAUCUGGAAAACGGGAUUGCUAAAUGCUACUUCAUUAUCCCGUGUCAUUUGUUUAAACCCCGCUGGUCAGCUGGAGAGGGAGAUGCGCCCAGUUUGAGUGCUAUUUGCUUCAGACAAAAGAUAGGAGUUCAAAAAAAGGUUUUGGUGACUCAAUCAAUGGAUAAAGUGGGAAAGAUGUGGAACAACCUGAAGAACAGAUGCCAAAACUUGUUCCACCCCAAAGGUGGGAGCAGAGGUGAAAACAUGGACAUGAACAUCAACCGCUGCUCUUUGGAGCAAGAUGGAGACACCUGUCUUUCCGAUACAUCUUCCCAAAGACUGCCCAGCCCGCUGCGGGGAAUCUGCCCUAUGCCCCUGCAUAACGCAGCCCGGAGGAAUCCAAACUGUGUCUCGGAGAUCCCUCAGAUUGUGGAGAUCACAAUAGACCAGGACAGCGAUGACCUGCGCACCCAGACAGGCCUGCGCCUGGCCCGCCGGGACUCGUACACGCGACACUCCCCUUGGGGGAGCAAGAAGAAACACUCGUGCUCUACAAAGACCCAGAGCUCUCUGGAGACAGACAAGUGCUUUAGCAGGACCCGCGGCGGGCUGCAGCGACGGGAGCGGAAGUAUGGGGUCAGCUCCAUGCACGACAUGGACGCUGCCUCCAGUAGGACUCUGAGCAGCCUCUCCCUCCGGCAGAGGUUACAGGACACCAUGGGACUCUGCUUCCCCAUCCGAUCUCACUCUCGCUCCACCAAGGCUCUGUUUUCAACUAAACGGAAGAUCCACCUGUCAGAGCUAAUGCUUGAGAAAUGCCCCUUCCCCUCUGGCUCGGACCUGGCUCAGAAGUGGCAACUCAUCAAGCAGCACACGGCUCCCGCCAGCCCCCAGACGACCACUCUGCUGGAUGCUUUUGAACCCGCCAUCACCUCCACCGAAGACGAGGAGGACCGGCUGCGGGAGAGGAGGAGGCUCAGCAUCGAGGAAGGAGUUGACCCGCCUCCCAACGCUCAGAUCCACUCCUUCGAGGCCACGGCGCAGGUGAACUCGUUGUACAAGCUGGGACCAAAGCUAGCUCCAGGGAUGAACGACCUGACAGGGGACAAUAGAGGAGCCGCUGCAGGGGCUGCAGCAGCUCUAGGGGGAGCACCAGCGACUGUGGUGGUGGUUGCAGCAGCAGCAGCAGCAGCAGCAGCAGCAGCAACUCCGCUACAAAUAGAUUGCGACUCGGAAGAGGACACCACGACUCUCUGUCUGCAGUCACGCAGGCCGAAGCAGCGCCACAUGUCCGGGGACAGCCAUUUCAGCCGCCAGGGCCCGUGGAAAGUCCACACGCAGAUUGACUACAUUCACUGCCUCGUGCCGGACCUCCUGCGUAUCACCAGCAACCCCUGCUACUGGGGUGUGAUGGACCGCUACGAGGCCGAGGCGCUGCUCGAAGGCAAACCCGAAGGCACUUUCCUGCUUAGGGACUCUGCGCAGGAGGACUACCUCUUCUCUGUCAGCUUCCGCCGCUACAACCGCUCCCUGCACGCCCGCAUUGAGCAGUGGAACCACAACUUCAGCUUCGACGCGCACGACCCCUGCGUGUUCCACUCCUCCACAGUGAGCGGGCUGCUCGAGCACUACAAGGACCCCAGCUCCUGCAUGUUUUUCGAACCUCUGCUCACCGUGCCCCUCAACAGAAGCUUCCCCUUCAGCCUGCAGUACAUCUGUCGGGCGGCCAUCUCCAGGUGCACCUCGUACGAUGGUAUAGGCAUGCUCCCUUUGCCCUCUGUGCUCCAAGACUUCCUGAAGGAAUAUCACUACAAACAGAAAGUCAGGGUGCGGUGGCUGGAGCGAGAACCGGUCAAGGCUAAAUAAAAAAAAAAUAUAUAUAUAUAUAUAUAUAUAUAUAAUAAUUAUAACAGUAACCAUGUCCAAAAACCCCAUGCAUACUAGCUUUUUUUGGUGCGACUUGUGAAAAAGACAUCACAAAUUGUAUGGCAAGCAUAUGUUCUAGUUAUUGUAAAAAAACAAAAAAAAACAAUCAUGUUUGUUAAAAAUGUAGCUGAGUUAAGUAGUUCUCACCUGCAUCUCUGCUGCUGCCCGCUCGAUAUCCGAAGUAUAUUGCAAAGCCUGUUUCAAACUACAAGCAGUAAACUAACUGUGCAAGCACCUUUUGAAAAGCUUGAGCUCAGUGUGUUUUUUUUUCCAACUCUGUUGUACAGUUUUACUGCUUUUUUUGUUUAUCAGUGAGAUUUUAAAGCAACUACGGUCCUCUUGUUUAAAACGGUAGUUAUAUUUGAAGCAUGAUAUCUGUCCUAAAAAAAAGCAUAAUUCUCCUGUCAACCCUUAUGAACAUGCUUGCUUAAAAUAGACAUAAUAGUGUAAAGUACACAGGUUCAUAAGCUUAUGGCUUUAAAACAUUCUUACAGCAUUCCCCCAUCUGCUUAUGUUGCCUCUGGUGUAUUGCUGGUGUAUUACUGCAGAUUUCUUUUAAAUCCACAACUCCACUACUUUAAAUGUCUACUUGAUUUUACCUUAUGAGUUACGUCGUGUUUGUGUGUGCUUCUGAGUUACGUCGUGUUUGUGUGUGCUUC